UCUUAUUGUUUAUAUUUCACACCAGGGUAGGUUUUUUAACUUAAAAUUCCACUGUUGAAUUAUUUCUAGAAGAAAUUACACGUUAAGCAAAGAAAGCAUGUUACAAUGCAGAGAACUUUGUUCAAACUUUAUGCUGCCUUGCUCGUAGCUGCCGCAGUUUUUAUAUUUUCAUAUGAUAUUUCUAUCCAUGUUGCUGGGGCAAUACACAACCAAAACGGGACUUUUCCACUGGACAGGAGGAAACAGAAAAGUUUAUUACCUGGUCCUACCAAUACACAAAGUUUGCAGUCUACAAUUUUAUCAUGGGAGAGUAAUGUGUUGAGUAAAACAACUCUACAAGACAUUGGUGCCAUUAACCACACCAUACAGAGCAGUGAUAUCGUUCAAAAUGAAUUCAUUGUUCAGUUCGAUGGUUAUUACUCGAAAACUGAUCGACAUCUGAUUAUAUUUGCUGCUGCAAGCGGUGCAAACAUCAUCAACUCAUCCAUAGGAGUUUUGGAGAGAACUAAUCUUGGUAAUGCCUAUCCAAGUGACUUCGAUGUUUUGCAAAUUGCCACAACAUCUAUUAAUAAGGUUGCCAACAUGAAUCAUGCCCGUAUUAAGUCGAUAACCCCCCAGCGAAGAUUUGUUGGCAGUUUAAAAAGUUUCCAUAAGAAGGCUGACUGGAAAAGUUACUUCAAAAAGUUUUCUGGGGUUCAUUUUCAUAGAUCGAGGGUUCCACUGAAGGCUAUUGGAAACAAUAAGCAAAUUGCAGAGGCAGUGCAGGCCAAGCAAAUGUGGGAGGCAGGUUUCAAAGGCCAAGGAGUUAAAGUUGCUAUUUUCGACACGGGUCUCCCAGCAAAACACCCACAUUUUAAAAACGUAAUCGAACGAUCUGAUUGGACGGAUGAAGAGACCAGUGAUGAUGGUUUAGGACACGGGACGUUCGUAGCCGGUAUGAUCGGCGGUUCAUCCAGUGAUUGCCCCGGCCUCGCACCAGAGUCAGAACUUUAUAUUUUUCGUGUCUUUACCAAUAAUCAGGUCUCGUACACCUCAUGGUUCCUUGAUGCUUUCAACUAUGCAAUACUUCGCAAGAUAAACGUUCUUAAUCUCAGUAUUGGUGGUCCAGACUUUAUGGAUAAACCAUUUGUGGAGAAAGUUUGGGAACUUACUGCUAAUCAUGUUAUCAUGGUGUCUGCUAUAGGCAAUGAUGGACCACUGUAUGGUACUUUAAACAACCCAGCUGAUCAAAUGGAUGUCAUUGGUGUUGGUGGUGUUGAUUACAGCAACAAUAUCGCUCGCUUUUCUUCACGUGGCAUGACAACAUGGGAACUGCCAGCCGGUUACGGCCGGAUAAAACCUGAUAUUGUGACUUAUGGGUUGAAUGUUUACGCAUCAGAUCUCACUGGUGGAUGUCGUGCUCUGUCGGGCACCAGUGUGGCAUCACCGGUUGUAACGGGAGCUGUAGCACUUCUGUUAAGUUCUGUGAAGAAAAACCAACGUGAUCUAAUCAACCCAGGAAGUAUUAAACAAUGCCUGCUUGCUUCAGCUGAUAGACUUCCUUCUGCCAAUAUAUUUGAACAAGGGGUUGGGAAACUCAACUUGGUUGAGGCGUAUAAGGUUUUAAGCUCCUACCAACCCCAAGCAAGUCUUGUACCGAGCUAUUUGGACUUCACUGAAUGCCCAUACAUGUGGCCCUAUUGUAGCCAGCCCAUCUACUACACAGCUAUGCCUAUUGUUGCAAAUAUAACAGUGUUGAAUGGUAUGGGAGUGGCAGGGACAAUCAAAGGUUCACCCACAUGGCACCCAUAUACUUCACAUAAUGGAAAAUAUAUUGAUGUUUCCUUCUCGUAUUCCAAUUCCUUAUGGCCGUGGUCGGGCUACUUCGCCGUGUCAAUCUCCGUAAAACCAGAAGCAGAACAAUGGGAGGGGGUUGCUCAAGGUCACGUGGAGUUGACGGUUGUUUCACCAAGCGAGGAUAAUUACGAGGGAAGAGAGCAAUCCACUGUGAAGCUCUUCAUCAAGGUGAAGAUCAUUGCCACUCCUCCGAGAGCAAAACGAAUACUGUGGGAUCAGUUUCAUAAUUUACGUUACCCUGCUGGUUAUUUUCCACGUGAUGACCUGCAUACUAAGAAUGAUCCCUUGGAUUGGAAUGGGGAUCAUAUUCAUACAAACUUUCGUGGUCUCUAUUUACAUUUGCGUGAUGCUGGCUACUUUAUUGAAGUACUAGGCUCUCCCUACACAUGUUUCAACGCACGCCACUACAGUACAUUGCUUAUAGUGGAUCCUGAGGAAGAAUAUUUUCCGGAUGAAAUUUCCAAAUUACACAAAGACCUUACUGAAGAAGGGUUAAGUGUAGUUGUGUUCGCAGAUUGGUACAACUCUUCAGUGAUGACCAAAGUUAAGUUUUACGAUGAGAACACAAGAAGAUGGUGGAUGCCUGAAACGGGGGGGAGCAACAUCCCAGCUCUCAACAACCUCCUCCAUCCAUAUGGAGCUGCUUUGUCCGAUCGGGUGUCAGAAGGUUCUUUUGUUGUUUCGAGCCAUGAAGUUUAUUUUGCUUCAGGAACUUCGAUUCUUCAGUUCCCACCUAACUCCAUGAUUUUGAGCAAACCUCUAAAGGAUCAAGGAAAGGAAAUAUUAUCCGGUUUUAGCUCAGAAAUGAAAGAAUCUGUUCCAAUUCUUGGUUUGCAUAAGAUACCAGGAGGUAAUGGUGGGAAGUUAGUUGUGUACGGAGAUUCAAACUGCAUUGACGAUGCUCAUUUAACAACUGAUUGUUACUGGCUUAUGGACGCUUUGCUGCAUUUUAUAACUCAGGGAAUCUUAUCUCCAGCUCUGGAAUCAGAUAAAGGGUUGAAAAAACUAAAAAGUCAAUUUAAAGUUGCUGGAGAAUUCCCUAAUAGAAUGGAGGGAAAUCACUUGUUUAAAUACUCCAAGGUUCUGGAAGCUCACCUUGGAAAACCGAUACCAAGACCCCUCCCUUCUUGCUCAAGCUUAGAAUGGGAGUUACCAUUCUUUAUCAAUGAAUCUUCCCCACAGUUUAUGUGGAAACCGCAGAAAUUAUCCCUCACCAAACCUGACAAAGCUUUGCUGCGGAAAAUUAAUUCCGCUUUCGUCCCAUUGAAAAGUGGUUUUGGAAAACGAUUUAGAAGUGAUCAGCGCCUGCAAGUUGUGAAGAUUUUUCUCGCUGUUUUUCUCACAGUUGCAAUUCUUAUGAUUAUAUUCACGCGUUUUCUUGCCGGCCCACGGCGGCGACUGUCACCACGUUUUUUAAUUCGAUGCUGCUUUAACUGGUGGAAGGUCUAUCGCCACCAGACAGCAACAGUGAGCUACAGACAUUCAAAUCUUGUGAAGUUUCCAUCAAUAGAUCACCCUGGUGUGUAACAAGAGAUUUUUCGUUUAAUUAUUUGUACUUUUUUUAACAAUUAAUAAAAAGCAAGAAAAAGUUUUAAUGCAGAUGUUUGUGCUGGCAACUCACUGCUAAGUAUAUGAUCUACUCUUUUGAAUACAACACAUAGUGUACAGCACGUAAGGAACCAUUGUCAUUAUACGAAUGUUUGUCAAACAUUAUUGAUCAUGUUCUGUCCUGUGUUUUGUAAUAUUGAGUUCGAAGGUAGUUUAAUUGUUGGGGAAUAAAAUCCAAUGUUUUUUAAGAAAUACAAUUAUCAGAUUAAGAGCAAAUAGCUCCCCAUGGAAUAAAACAAAUAUUAGCGUCACCUAGCAGACAUACGAUUUUUAUUUCUCGCCAUAGGGGCAUGUAAUCAUGUAUGAUAUUUUAUAAUGCAAUUUCACAAUAAACCUAUGCUUAUUUUACCUUGCUUUUAUAUGCAGAAUAUACUUACUGAGUAGUUAUGUCAAGUACUGUUACGACCCCAAGAAAAGGGAAAACUAAAUUAGAAGCGAUAUUAAGCAACUAUGAACGUUUGACACAACUUGAUUGCCAUGACGGAAGAACAAAACGUAAUCUUUAUCUUGUUUCAAUUCCAAAUUCCAUUGAACUGAGUGAUUUAAACGGGGUAACUAUUAAGUUGGAAGAUGGUUUUAGUGGCGAUAUCACUUUGGCUGAUGCAGGACAGCCUGCAUUGGAAUAUAAGUCCAAUGCAAACCCAGACGUGAUAAAACACCAGGUUAUAGUCAACAAAGAAAAUUCUACGAACACAUAUUUAAUGAAGUCAUUGGACGAGUGUGUUACUUUCAGUGAAAAAUUGUCGGUCGAAAUACCAAACUCUGUUUAUUGCCUACCAAGGCCACAGCCCCCUUUAAAACCUACAGGCAUGAAACGAAGGCUGAAGUUGUUUGGCGGGGAGAUAAAAGCACCUACUUCUAAACCUAAAUCAAGGAAAAAUGACCUAAUGGACAGUAGCGUUGGUGAACUUAAUAACACGACUGAAGGAAAAGUAAAACUAGAUAUUGGUGAAUCGGGAAAAAGUCCCAAAAAGAAGAAAAAAAAGCAAAAAUCUGAAAAACUUGACGGCUAUCAAAGCCUUGAUGAUUUCGAAAUUAGUGAACCUGGAAAAAUUCUAAAAAAAGAGAAAAAGAAAAGAAAAUUGGGAACGGAAGAUGAAAUUUCUCAUGAGGCGAGUAAAACCGGAAAAGAAAAUAUUAAAAAUGAGCCUAAAGAAGUGGAAAAAAGUCCUAAAAAGAAGAAAAAACAAAAAUCUGAAAAGUCCGAUCACGACCAAAGUUUAAAAAAGAAAAAGAAAAAAAAAUCGAAACAUCAGGAUUCGUAAUUUUAAUUAAUCAAACAUUUCUUAAAUUUCCUCUGAUUAAAUAAUUAUGGAAAUUAGGAUAGUUUUUCUGUUAUCAUUUAUAUGCUGCCCACUGAAUUUAAUAUUAAUGCAAUUUUUCUCUUAUUUCUGUGCUUCAAAAAUGGUGAUAAACUAAUUUUGUCCAAACUGGCAUUUAAAAUAAUUCUUUUAGUUUUCUUACUUCCAUAACAGGUCUUAUAGAUCUUUAGGACUAUUUCUUCAACAUGGAUCCUUGGGGAUCUCCAUCCACUCUACAGAAUGGCAAUCAAGCCAAUCAUACUGAUGAAUUUCAAGAUUCAUUUUUAUCAAGCGGUCAACAACAACAGGAAGACACAGAAGAGAAACUGGAAAAUUCCUAUUUGAAUGAUUUGGAAGCCAAGUUAAAACGGAUACAAAACAUGAACAAGAAAUCUGUAAAAGCAAAAGAUAUGCUGGAAUCUUUAGAGUUUAAAAGACAGCAUCAAUAUGAAGAAUUGCUAAGUGAUCACAUGGAAAAUACGGCAGAUCUCUUCUGUGAUGAUUUGGAUUCUACAACUCCAGCAGACCACUCAUAUUUUGACAUCGGUAGAAAACUUUACCCAGAACAACAAGCUUUGAAUAAAGUGGAGGUUCUUGCUUUGUUGAAACAUGACCUACUUUCACAACAAAAUAAUGAAACGGUUGGAGAACUUGAGCAAGAUGGUAAUGACAGAUAACAGGUAGUGGUUUUUCCUAGUUUUGUGUGAUUUUGGCAUGUACUGUGAAAAAUUCCCACAUAAAAAUCAUAUAUUUUCUCAUUUAUGUGUCAAUAUUUAUUUUAUGUUGUUCAGUUAUCAUUACUUUAAAAAAAAGACAAUAUUGGAGCAAGAAAAGUUGAAAAUUUUAAACUUUGUAUUUAGUAGUAAGACUUUUAUUGUACCAGUUAAAAUGUAAUGUACACUAAUACUUUUAUUUGAGUGUCAGUGCAUAAACAUAAUGUUUCUGUCUAACACAAAGUGUGGUCAAUAAUGUUAUUUAUCAGAAAAUCGCAUUGAAAAGAAUGUUUAUGUAGUAGCUGUUGUAUGAAGCACUUGUGCAAUAAAAUCUUUAUAAACAUAA